UUUUAAAUUAUUAAUAAAAAAGGAUUAGUUAUGUGAAGAUCUCCUAUAAAAAGAGCCUCUUAGUUUCCUACACUAAUAUCAUUCCAAAUUAGAAAAAAUAAUAAAAAUAAUAAUAAUAAUGGCAGGUCUAAAAAGAAAAUUUGAAGGUGAGAUAGAAAUAAGAGUAGCUGGUGGUGAUGUUUUUCAUGAACUUGUUCAUGAAAAACCUCAUGAAAUUAACAAUAUUCAUCCAGAGUUAAUACAAGGUUGUGAUUUACAUGAUGGUGAAUUUGGUACUCCUGGAUCCGUUAUUUGUUGGAAUUACUCUAUUGAUGGAAAACCCCAAGUUGGAAAGGAAAUAAUUGAGAUGGUUGACAAGGAGAAUAAAACGGUGAGAUUCAAAUUAAUUGAAGGUGAUUUACUUGAAGAGUAUAAUUCGUUUGUUAUUACUUAUCAAGUUAUACCAGAAGGUAAAGAACUUAGCAAAGUAAGGUGGAUAUUUGAAUAUGAAAAGAAGCAUAUUGGUAUUCCUGAGCCAACUAAAUUGAUGGAUUCUCUACUUCAUUUGGCUAAAUUAAUUGAUGAUCAUCACCAUACCCCUAAAAAUUAAAUACUCUUUUUUUUUUAUGUUUAUUUUUAUUAUCAUAAAAUAAGAUCGCGUGUUCGAAUUUUAUCAGAUGUCUUUGAAUAUACUAGUUUUCAUGUAUUAAUGUUUUCGUGAAUUUAGUGGAUAUUAUGUAAAAUUGUAAUAUCAUAUGUUUAUACGAUGUUUGAUGAAAUAUUAAAUAAGAGUGUAUUAAGGUUGUA